UGCGUCGAGGAUGUCAAAUCAUUGCGGAAAGCAUUGUGCACAGAUUUCGUUGUGAGUGUUAUUCGGACGUCAGCGGAAUCUUAGAAGCAUGAAUACAGCUCUGGUUUCCUGCUUCCUGACGUGUGUCCUUUUUGCAAUGGCCGCCGGAGAGGUGGACGUGCAGGACUGGUACCGCGGCGUGGACUUCGACGUGGGCUGCCGACCGGCCCCGGUAACCGGUCUGUGCAAGGCCUCGUUCCUGCGCUGGUACUUUGACGUGGCUGCCGGCGAAUGCAAGCAGUUCAUUUACGGAGGAUGCGGUGGUAACGAGAACAGAUACCAAACCAUGAGGGAGUGCGAGAUCGCCUGCCUCCGUUGAUUCACCUGGAUGACUUCAGCGAAAGAAACCCCGAGCACAGAUUGGUACUCAAGAAACUCCUAUAUAUCGUUUCCGUCACGGAAUAAAUUGGCUUCGCCGUUCUA